AUGAAGUUGGAGCACUGGAAACUGCACGAAGCGGUUCACAAAGGUCAGAUAGAAAGAAUCAGGAGCAAUGACUUUGAUCCGCAGUUGAUGAGCCACAAGUUCCCGCCGCGGCAUCGGACGCCGCUCCAUCUGGCUGCCAAGCUGGGGAAUUGGGAAAUGGUGGAGGAGCUUCUCAAGAACAUGAACGGUGCGGACCUGGAGCUCCAGGACGCUGGUGGCAACACGGCCUUGCAUUUCGCGGCAGCGAGUGGGCAGCAGCAGCUGGCGGAGCGCAUGGUGCAGAUGAACCCCAAGUUGUUGAGGAUGGUGAAUAAACGUCAGAUGACGCCUUUGAGAGAGGCCUGUGGCAAGAACCACAAGGAACUCGCCACUUGCCUUUACUCUCAAACUUCUAUUUAUUGGCUUUACAGGGUUGACGGUGGCAAGUUGGGCUCCAAUAUUCUCAAGUGUUGUAUCCUCGCCCAGAUGUUCGACAUUGCAGUGGAUAUGCUGAUGUGCUACCCAGACCUGGCGACCAUCAAGGAUGCCAAAAACUCUAACGCUGCUAUCCAGCUAUCUCUCAUGCCCCAUGCAUUCCCCAGCGGGACUCGACUUCACUUUUGGCAACGAUGGAUAUAUUCAUUGAUACAUGUAACGCUGCCACUUCCUCUGAAGCCUUCCGAGCACGCGGCUAAUCGUACAUCACUAGAUGUUGAAAGUGGACAAAUGCCUCCUUAUUCACCUCAUGAAAAAGAUAGACUUACAGGACCAAAGACGCUGAAUGAGUUGAAAAGGGUCCACAUCUGCUCAGCUGAGCUCUUAAGGCUUACAUGCCAACACAUGUCCUCCAUCUCCCCUGACUCUGGGACACUUAGGAGCCAUGGGGUAUUUGAAGCGUUCCACAAAGCAAUCGAGAAUGGCAUAGUCGAAUUCGUCCAAGAGGCCAUUAGGGCUUGCCCUGCGCUGUUGCACAAGUUUGACAAGGACGGCAGAAGCGUGUUCAUGACCGCGGUCCAGUAUCGGCAGGAAAAGAUUUUUAACCUUCUCUAUCCUUUGCCAGAGAAGGCAUCCAUCGUCUCCUUGGUAGACAAGGACAGCAACACCAUGCUGCACAUGGCUGGAGUCUUGUCUCCUUCAACCAAACUCUCUCGCAUCUCUGGUGCGGCUCUUCAGAUGCAAAGGGAGUUGCAAUGGUUUGAGGAAGUGGAGCGUGUGAUAAACCCAAUGUACAAGGAGAACACCAACAAGGAAGGCGAAACGGCAAGGCAAAUAUUUACAAGAACACAUAGAGAUCUGGCCGCUGCAGGUGAGAAGUGGAUGAAAGAAACCGCCACUUCCAGCUCCGUUGUCGCAGCGCUCAUCAUCACCAUCAUGUUCACCGCCGCGUUCACACCUCCGGGAGGCAGCGACGACAAAACGGGCCUUCCCAAUUUUCUGAAGGACAGGUGGUUCCGAGUCUUCAUCCUGUCAGACUCCAUCUCCCUCUUUGCGGCCUCUACUUCCGUGCUGAUGUUCCUCGGAAUCUUCACGUCACGCUACUCGGAGCAGGACUUCCUCCGCUCCCUUCCCACCAAGCUCAUCAUCGGAUUGUCGGCACUCUUCGUUUCCAUCGCAGCCAUGAUGCUUACCUUUUGUGCCACCAUCGUAAUCGUUAUGGACCGAAACAUGGCCUUUGUGUUCCCAAUUACUUUGAUGGCUUCUGUUCCCGUUACCUUGUUCAUCAAGCUACAGUUUCCCGUGCUCCUUGAAAUUUUCAACUCCACUUACGGCUUUGGAAUCUUUCGAAGGAAUACCCCCACCUGGAUUUGA